AUGCAAUACUGCGUCUUGGAGUAUGGUAUGCUCUUUUGUUUCGAUCGACCAAAUGGAGCACUUCGCAAGUCAAUCGGUCUCACACGGCAUCGAGUCCGCGUACAGCCACUUUCCAACGACAAUGCUGGUCUGUGUCCGAAUCGGUUUGUAGUGCAUGCGCUCGAGGCAGAGCGAAAUGACAAGGCAGGCGUGUUCGUGUCGGCUGGCAAGCGUGAAAAGACGUAUUUGUUCGCUGCAGCUACUUCCCGGACCAUGAUCAAGUGGGUAAACGCUAUUCAUAACUGGCGACGGCAUGCUUUUGAUGACCCAACGAGCAGCGCGCUUUCUGUCAACGACGCUAUCACUAGCAACAUAAUGCAGAACCCUGAUACAAAACGAAGAGCUGUUUUGCUGGAGAGUCAACGAGCGAACUUGAUUAAUUUGGCGACUCGUUUCGACGUGAAACUUGUUAGUAGCAAGGCAAAGGUCAAACCCCGCGGUUUGUUUCGUAGUUUAUCGGCCUUGCCAUACAAGACACCAACCGAGAUGAAAACUUCCAGACCCAACUUUGCCAUUAAAUCAUGGCUGCCUGGGAUUCCGUCGCUCCGACGGAGUCUAUCUGGUCGAUGA